AUGAAGGUGCUCACUGGGCUCGCUUCGCUGGCCCUGGCUGCUGUUGUGGCCACCCUCACCAAUAUCUUGGUACAGCAGAAGCGCCAACGCGACGUCAGAGCGUGCGGCUGUAGCGACGGCGAGUGCUGCAACUCGGUGCGUGCAUCAGAGCGACGCUAUCGGCUGCCACGGACACACGUGGUGCAUUGGGACACGGGCAAGAGCGAGUGCGACCCGAGUUGGUCCGAAAUGGUACCGAAACGAGUCGUAGAAGAAGCACAAGAGCACGAGCUUGGCAGUGGUGGGACCCUCAUCCUGUUGCGUCACGGCCAGAGCGUCUGGAACCGAAAACCUGACCGUCCUUCGGAUUUGUGGCGCUACGCUGGAUCCAUUGACAUCCCUUUGAGUGAAGUGGGCAUGCAGGAAGCUCUUGAAGCUGGAAAGAGGCUGGAGUUUGUGCCGAUUGACGUGGUGUUCUGCUCGCAGAUGGAUCGUGCGCGCACGACCAUGUCACUUGCAUUGAGUUUGCAUUCAAGUAAGAAAACUCCGGUCGUGGAGCAUUGCUCGCCGCUGGAGAGACCAUCGUUUGAGGGGGUGAAUGACAAGAGUCCUUACGACUUUAUCAUUCCGGUCUAUGUAUCGCCGGCGCUCAAUGAGAGGAACUUUGGUGACUUGCAGGGUGUACCGAGCACAAAGCACAUUGUCAUGUUUAACCGAGAGCGCGUGCAAAAGAUUCGAAAUGACUUUUACACGCGGUUCCCCGGAACAAACGGCGAAAGCUGUGAAGACAUCCACAAUCGGACCAUUCCAUUCUUCAACUCGUUUAUUAUGCCGCAUCUUGCGGCGGGGCGCAAUGUGCUGGUUUCCUCGCACGGCUUUGUCAUUCGCACGCUCAUCAAGUACUUGGAUGGUAUGGAUGCAACAGAAUUCAACGAGCAGAUGACGCUGGAGAAAACAGCACCCGAUAAAUGCUUGCUACUCGCCCCGACCGGUGUUCCGCUCAUGUACAAGUACGACGAGGGCAAAUUUGCCAAGAUCCCGCAGACGCGCCGUGACCGUGCAGAGAGCCUGAGCCGGAGUAGUGCGCCGUAUUAG